CCCAACAAGAGUUGUAUAUAAGCACUUGGUACUCGGUCGUGUUAGCUCUGUGCAAAAUGGCUCGUAAUGUGAAUGUUCCCGCGCUCCUGAUAUUAUUGUUUUUGUCGUGCUUAUCAGCAAGCCCUACAAAGUCAUCGACAGAGGAAAUAUCGACCGAACAAAAUUUACCAUGUUUAAUGGAACUGCAACAAAUAUUCAACAAUAUACUUUUUAAACUGUUUGUGCGAUCUGUAGAGCCGUUUGAUUUACCGCAAAAAAUGGAUCCCAACACUGCAUCAGAUCGAUAUCAAACAAAGCAAAGCUCAGCUUCCGAAUCAUCGUCGGAAUCGUUUGAGCAUGUUCCGCACGAGAUAGCGGAAGCAGUUAUUGUACUUUUGGGAAGGUUGGAUCUUUUGAUGGAAAACCUUAACCGGACAAUGUCCUCUUCGGCCUGUUUGAAGCAUUACCAGCCAAAGAAUCCACCAGCAAGUCACGUGGGCAAAUUGCAGGAUCAAUUAUUUUUCAACUGUGAAACGUCACCACUGAUAUGCAUGGCAUUGCGCAUGCUGCACUGGAUCUAUGUGGAGCCGACGUACAAGCUGCUGCAACUAUUACGCCAUUGGAUAAACGCAAAAUCCAUCAACAGUGGUAUGAUUUAAAAGUCAAUGUCCAGUCGCAAAUUGAUAGGGAAGGAUUGUGGGUUUGACUGCCUGCUGCCGAUAAGAUAUAGCGCUCUUAUCUCCCUCCGGCAGGCGCUCAACUGCCGGAAAAUGAAGUCCCGACCCCGACAAUAACCGUGACACCUGAGCCGAUAAGGUUUUGCACCUGAAACGAUAAGGGCCAAUUGUUGUGUGUGAUGAUGGGUGAUUUGCGUACAUGAUUGAACGACGCCCAAAUGUCGAGCUUUGCUUGAAUGAAUGAUUUAAAUUUGGCAAAUUAUGUUUCAACCCGUAUCUUGAUGGGAAUCAACCGAACUGUGCGUACUUACAACGUCAAACUCAAUAAAGAUGGGAUGAUACA